GUGGAAAUGGAAGCGACUGUAGCUUUGAAUAUCUCCCACUUAUCUUUCUUUUCAUCCUUUUUACCUCAAACUGAAUCAAAAGGAUAUACGACCAACACAUGUGGGGGACCGAUCCCCAACCCACUCACCUUGCAUAGAAAAGUACUCCCCAUCUUCCUCCCCAAUAGCCCCCCUUUCCGCCGUGUCCUACCUCCGCCUACCGUGACAGUGGCCGCAAAAUCAGAACCGCCUCCACACCAUCUCUGGAAUCACCGCUCCGAGGAUGGCGAGGCUUGUGGUAGAGGUGCUGGAAGCAAGUGAUCUCAUGCCCAAGGAUGGGCAGGGCUCCGCAGAUCCAUACGUGGAGGUGGAAUUCGAUGGGGAGCGCCAGAAGACGAAGGCGAAGAACAAGGAUCUAUGCCCUCACUGGAAUGAGACGCUUGUUUUCAGCGUCAAUAAUCCCUCCGUCUUGUCCACUGAGACCAUUGAGGUAUGUGUCUAUAGUGCAGUUAAAAAUGGCCUUAACCCCAAGUUUCUUGGCAGAGUUAAGAUUUCUGGCGUUUCUGUUCCAUCUUCUGAGUCUGAAGCUGAAAUCCAGUCAUACCCACUUGAUAAAAGGGGCCUCUUUUCUCAUAUCAAGGGUGAAAUUUCGUUGAAAGUCUAUGUUUUGCCGGGUCUGGGUACUAAUAAUCCCGGUCCUGACCAGAACCCCCACCACCACCUUCCGCAGCCCCAGGAUUUGAAUUUUGAGACUGAAACGCCGUUCAGCACUGAUGGUGCGGGCGGCACAGAAAGUAGAGAUAUCCCUCUCCCUCCACCCCCAUUGCAAGAAACCAAAACCAUCAACUCGUUCAAUGACGAGACUGAAUUUAAGAAGAAGAAUAAAAAGAAUAAGAAAAAAGAAGCACCGCCACUAAGGACCUUUUACUCCGUGGGUACAGGUGGUGGUCAACACCCUCCGCCCCCUCCUCAACCGGCAAUGGCUAUGGUCCAGCCCCGUGUAGAUUUUAUGAAAGCAGGGCCAAUGCCACCUAGCUCAAUCCAUCAGAUGCAAGUGCCACCCGGUCAGAGGCAGGAAUUUGGGCUGGUCGAGACUAAACCUCCUCUUGCUGCAAGAAUGGGUUAUUGGGCUGGGAAGGACAAGACGGCAUCCACUUACGAUCUGGUGGAGCAGAUGUACUUCUUAUACAUACAUGUGGUCAAGGCAAGAGAUUUGCCCGUGAUGGAUCUCACGGGUAGUCUCGACCCGUACGUUGAGCUCAGAGUUGGGAAUUACCGGGCCAGGACAAGGCACUUCGAGAAGAACCAGAACCCUGUCUGGAACGACACUUUUGCUUUCGCCAAGGAGAACAUGCAGUCUAACAUCAUUGAGGUGGUCGUGAAGGAUGUAGAUUUCCUGAAGGAUGAUUUCGUGGGGAGAGUUGCAUUUGAUAUCAUGGAAGUUCCACUUAGGGUUCCCCCAGACAGUCCCUUGGCUCCUCAAUGGUACAGACUAGUGGGUAAGAGAGGGGAGAGGAUCUUCCAAGGAGAGAUCAUGCUUGCUGUUUGGAUGGGUACGCAAGCUGACGAGGUCUUCCCAGACGCUUUACACUCCGAUGCUUAUGGGAUUAGUCCAAGCAGCUUAGCGAACACGAGAUCCAAGGUGUAUUUCUCUCCCAGACUCUUCUAUCUAAGGGUCCAUGUCAUCGGGGCCCAAGAUCUGGUCCCUGCGGACAAAUCGCGAAUGCCGGAGGCGUUCGUGAAAGUGCACCUUGGUCAUCAGUCAAGGGUCACUAGACCCUUCCAGAGACACAUUAAUCCGAUGUGGAACGAGGAGAUCAUACUCGUGGCUUCCGAGCCUCUAGAUGAGUUCUUAACAGUAGAUGUUUUCGACCGGGUUGGGCCUGGUAAGGAUGAAGUGAUCGGGCGGGUGAUGAUACCGGUCAGAGAGAUUCCACCCCGUGCGGGGGAAAUCAAUAAGCUUCCUCCUCCCAAGUGGUUCAACCUCCAGAGGCCUUUCCUAGGAGGAGGAGAGGAUGACGACAAGAAGAGAGAAAUGAGAUUCUCAAGCAAAAUCCACCUCGUCCUCUGCAUGGAUGUGAGUUACCACGUUCUUGACGAGUCGACUCAUUUCAGCAGCGAUCUUCAGCCGUCCUCCAAGCUGAUGAGGAAGCCUAGUAUUGGGAUUCUAGAACUGGGUAUUCUGAAUGCCCAAAAUCUGCAGCCGAUGAAGGGCAAAGACGGUAGACUCACGGAUGCUUACUGUGUGGCAAAGUAUGGGAACAAAUGGGUACGGACGAGAACGGUCCUCAACAACUUGAGUCCCCGGUGGAACGAGCAGUAUACUUGGGAAGUGUUUGAUCCUUGUACUGUCAUAACAAUUGGCGUGUUUGACAAUUGCCAAAUCCACGGGAAAGAGGAUCCGAGGGAUCAGAGAGAUCAGAGGAUUGGUAAGGUGAGAAUCAGGCUAUCAACUCUUGAGACCGACCGUAUCUACACCCAUUUUUACCCGUUGCUUGUCCUUCAACCACCGUCUGGCCUGAAGAAGCACGGUGAGCUCCAUUUAGCCGUACGGUUCACUUGCACAGCUUGGGUCAACAUGGUGGCUCAAUACGGACGACCAUUGCUUCCGAAGAUGCAUUACGUGCAACCGAUCUCGGUCCGACACAUCGAUUGGCUUCGCCACCAGGCGAUACUCUUGGUCGGGGAAAGGCUAGGCAGGGCAGAGCCUCCCCUUAGGAGGGAGGUGGUUGAGUACAUGUUGGAUUCGAACUACAAUGUGUUUAGCCUCAGGAGAAGCAAGGCUAACUUCUUUCGCAUCAUGUCGCUUCUCAACGGGGUUUCAGCAGUCUGUAGAUGGUACUCCGGGAUUUGCUACUGGAGAAACCCGUUCACGACCAUCCUUGUCCAUGUCUUGUUCUUGAUCCUCGUAUGCUACCCGGAACUCAUCCUCCCAACGGUUUUCCUCUACUUAUUCGUGAUCGGGCUAUGGAACUACAGGUUCAGGCCACGGAACCCGCCAGCGAUGGAUGCGCGGAUUUCACAAGCGGACACCACCAACCCGGAUGAGUUGGAUGAGGAGUUCGACACGUUCCCGACGUGUCGGCCAAUGGAGGUCGUAAGGAUGAGGUACGACAGGCUGCGGAGCGUGUCGGGGAAGGUGCAGAGUGUGAUUGGGGAUUUGGCUACUCAAGGGGAGAGAGCUCUAUCCAUAUUGAACUGGAGGGAUCCCAGGGCCACAGCCAUAUUCAUCAUCUUUUCGUUGAUCUUGGCUGUUGUUCUUUAUGUCACUCCAUUCCAAGUGGUUGCACUCCUCAUCGGCCUCUAUUUACUUCGCCAUCCGCGCUUCAGGAGCAGGCUCCCGUCGGUUCCAGUCAACUUCUUCAAGAGGUUGCCAUCCAAAUCUGAUCAACUGUUGUAAAGGGAGAAGAUUGUAAUUGCAUAUCCAAUCUCUCUUAGACUCUUAGUGUAUUAUUCUACUGUUGUAACAUAUGGAUGUUGUUCAGUAAAUGAUGAAUGGAAUAAGACUGUACGCGGAAGCAUAAAAAUAUUCUCUAGCAGCUAUUUUGGGAACCAAAAUCGACUUAGAUUUGGAACGUAAGGAUAAACAAAAUGGGACGUGGGUGUCAUUUUAUUUAGUUAUUUUUCAUUGAUUCCA